UAGAAUCGAUGUUCAGUGCAUACAAUAUUACAGGUAAAUAAAGUUGAAAUUUGAAUUCUGUCUUCAGGAACUUAAUAUAAUUACCGAAAAUGAGAUUAAAAUGCUAUGUCAUGAAGCUAUUUUCUGUUCAUAAGCGUGUACAGAUUUCAUGGAUUCGUCGACCUGUAAAUGCAGUACCAGAUUUAUUUCGUUAUGCAACAAAAUGGGAAGCAUUCCUGAUGGUAAUUGGAGGAUUAUGCAGCAUUGGAACAGGAUUAGCGGUACCAUGGAAUGUCGACAUGUUUGGAAAAUUGGUUGGCGGGAUGGUUGAUGCCCAAAUAGUGAGUGCAUUUAAAGCACUUGGAAUAGAUGUUUCAAAAUAUAUUAUAACAGACGUAAUGGAAUCUGUGACGAAUUUUGCAAUUGGCACUUUGAUAAUUAGCGGCAUAAUGUUGGGACUGACAUAUGUUAGCAUUUCUCUUUUUAAUUACACUUCUCAAAAUCAAUCUCUUCGAAUAAGAACAAUAUAUUUGAAAUCUAUUUUGCACCAAGAUAUUAGCUGGUAUGAUGUCAUGAGCUGCAGUGACGUUGCAAGCAGAUUAACUGAGGACGUCAUAAAACUUGAAGAUGGAAUCGGCGAAAAAUUUGUAAUUUUUUUGCAUAAUUUUGUUGCAGUCAUUGGUUGCAUUGUUCUUGCUUUUCACAAUGGUUGGAAGCUUGCUAGCAUUUGUCUAGUUCCACUCAUUGUCAUUAUUGUAAUCCUUUAUGCUGUUGCAAAGGCAACAGCAUCAUUGACUCGAAAGGAAGUAGAUGUAUAUGCCACAGCAGGAGCUAUAGCCGAAGAAGCAUUUUCCGCUAUUCGUACGGUUGCAGCUUUUGGAGGUGAAAAAUCAGAAUUUCUAAGAUACAAGUCAAACCUUUUGUCAACCUACAAAAACAAUAUUAAUUCUGUUUUAAUUUCUGCCCUGGAAUUUGGUUUAAUUUGGCUAUCAACUUACAUAACUUACUCUUUCGCAUAUUGGUAUGGAGUUGACUUAAUUUUGAGAGAAAGGUUACUUCCUAUAGGAACUCAAAGUUUCACACCAUCAUCCAUGGCAACGAUAUUCUUCAGCGUGAUGAUGGGCACUGCAAAUUUAUGCUCUGGUGCAAUGUUCAUUGAAACAUUUAAAAUUUCAAAAGCAUCUGCUGUAAAAGUUUUUUCUGUUAUUGAAAGAAAUUCAAAUAUUGACAGUUUAUCUCUGAAAGGAUUAAAACCACCCGACAUUGGUAGUUCUAUCGAAUUUAAAAACGUAUCUUUCGAAUAUCCUUCAAGGCCUGAAAUUAAAGUCCUGAAAAAUUUAAGUUUCUCCGUAAAAGAAGGAGAAACAGUGGCACUCGUUGGAAGUUCUGGAUGUGGAAAGUCCACUUGUAUUCAACUUGUGCAACGUUUUUAUGAUGUAUCUGGAGGACAGAUUUUAAUAGAUGGUUAUGACUUACGUGAUCUAAACAUAAAAUGGUUUAGAAAUAAAUUGGGGACAGUUGGUCAAGAGCCGAUUCUUUUUGAUACAAAAGUUGCAGAAAAUAUUCGUUAUGGAAAUGUGAAUGCAUCGAUGGAGAAAAUUAUACUGGCAGCGAAAGAAGCAAACGCUCAUAAUUUCAUAAUGAAACUACCAUAUCAAUACGACACACUCGUAGGCGAAGGAGGUACAAAAAUCUCUGGAGGUCAGAAACAGAGAAUUACGAUAGCAAGAGCUUUGGUUCGAGAUCCAAAUAUUUUACUUCUCGAUGAAGCAACUUCUGCUCUUGACACGAAAAUGGAGGCCAAAGUGCAAGCUGCUCUAGAUAAGGUAUAUAAAGGAAGAACUACGAUCAUUGUUGCACACAGACUAACGACGAUACGAGAAGCUGAUAAAAUAAUUGUCUUGAAAAAUGGAGAAGUUAUAGAAGAAGGAAACCAUGAUUAUUUAAUGAGAUUAAAGGGCCACUAUCAUUCACUUGUCACAGCGCAGGCAACUGAUAUUUCGGAAAUACACACUGGAGAGAUUAAAAAACCAACAGAGAAAAAGAAAACACUUGAAAUACCUGACGAUGAGUCCAGUACAAUGUCUGAGAUCUCGCGCGAAGCAGAAAAUAUUGAAUCGAUUGAUGCAGUUUCAACAAUGAAGAUUUUAGAGUUGAGCAAACCAGAAUGGUUUUACAUACUGCCAGCCUGUUUUGCGUCCAUCAUUGUUGGUUGCUCUCCUCCAUUAUUUUCCACCUUUUUUGGCGAUGUUAUAGACGAAUUAUCGGGCCCAGAUUCAGAUUUGAUCCGCAGUCGCACUAGUAUGUAUUGCACGUAUUUCGUAACAGCGGGUGUAUUAAUUGGCGCAUCUAAUUUUGCUCAAUGUUUGCUUUUUGGAAUUGCGAGUGAAUGUUUAACGUUGCGAUUACGAGGACUGAUUUUUCAAACUAUGUUGCGACAAGAGAUUGGCUGGUUUGAUGAUCCGUCAAAUGGAACAGGGGCUCUUUGUUCUAAAUUAUCUACAGAGGCUGCUGCCGUUCGGGGUGCAACUGGCCAGCGAAUUGGAAUCAUUGUCCAAUCCUAUAGUACUAUCAUCCUAUCAGUUUCUAUGGCUAUUUACUAUGAAUGGAGACUAGGAUUAGUAGGCACCGCUUUCAUUCCUUUGAUUCUCGUCACAGGAUACCUCCAGAAUUUGAUGUACCGAAGGGAAACCCUCAGUUAUCACAAAGACCUAGCAACAUCUACAAAAAUAGCUGUUGAAGCAGUGAGUAACAUUCGAACAGUGAUGGCUCUUGGAAUAGAAGAAACAUGUCACAAUUCGUAUGUAGCAGCAAUGCAGCCUUCGUAUUUACUUGCCAAAAAAAAUACUCACAUUCGGGGUUUGAUUUUUGCAUUGGCCAGAUCUGUCUCUUAUAUUGCUCUCGCAGCCUGCAUGUAUUACGGAGGAUAUUUGAUGAAACGAGAAGUUUUACAUUAUUCCACUGUUUUUAAAGUCUCCCAGACACUAAUUAUGGGAACUAUUAUGGUCGCUGAUGCUUCUGCACAUGCUCCUAAUGUUCAAAAAGGACUGCAAGCUGCUGCAAGUAUAAUUUCGAUCUUAAAACGAAAGCCAAAAAUUCAAGAUCUGUUAUGCAUUUCUGAAAAUGAAGAGAAAUGUAAUGGAGAAGUAAAAUAUAAAGACGUUGUAUUUCAAUAUCCUACGAGGUGUGGAACCCGAGUUUUGGAUGACUUUAAUUUGGAAGUACCACCCGGAAAAACCAUUGCAUUAAUCGGUCCGAGUGGUUGCGGGAAAAGUACAAUUAUACAAGUACUGGAAAGAUUUUAUGAUCCUGUAUUUGGAACAGUGAAAUUGGAUAGUAAGGAUAUAGAAACAAUGUCUUUGGCUUCUUUGAGAAAGCACUUGGGAUUAGUAUCUCAAGAACCAACGCUUUUUGCAAGGACGAUUGCUGAAAAUAUUGCUUAUGGUGACAAUACAAGACAAGUGCCAAUGUGGGAAAUAAUUGAAGCAGCAAAACAAGCCAAUAUUCAUCAUUUCAUUUCUGCGUUACCACGUGGAUAUGAGACUAAAUUGGGCGACAGAGGCACUCAAAUUUCGGGAGGACAAAAACAGAGAAUUGCCAUUGCCAGGGUUCUCAUUAGAGAUCCAAAAAUACUUUUAUUGGAUGAAGCUACAUCUGCUUUGGACUCGGAGAGUGAGAAGGUUGUGCAGGCAGCUUUGGAUAAAACUAGAGAAGGUAGAACUUGUAUUCUAAUAGCACAUAGGCUUUCAACUGUGGAAAAUGCUGACAAAAUAUGUGUGAUGAGUGAUGGUCAAGUUGCUGAAAGUGGUACCCACAAAGAAUUGUUCGAAAAGAAAGGAUUGUACUACGAAUUGUUGUGUUUGCAAAAUGCAUUUUCAUCAUUCUGACUUUUUUUCUCUGGAGUCGAGUGCGAUGCUAACCACUGUACAAGAUCUUCUCUCUUCGCUUUUUUCGCAACCGAUACAAAUUUAUUGUACCAUUCACUAUUCUUCUUCAAGAAACACCCUAAACGUAAAAAUAUAUUUUCUGUUUGUUAUGUAAGACGAUGAGUUAACGGGUGUGUUGCAUGAAAUGCGAUAAAAAGAUAUUUUGAUUCUUAGGAACUCAUUAUUUUAUUUCUAGGAGGAAGAAUUUUUUAAUGAGUGAGAAACAUGUUUUUUUUCCUAAUAAAAUUUGAAUAUUAGUCCCACUCGCGGCAUUUUUCGCCAAACACAUAGAUUGGCUAUAUCUUUGUGACGUAAUUCUUCGCGGGAAAAUUCAAACUGCCUAAAUUAUGAAAAAGUAAAAAUGGUUUCUAAACAUGAUUUUCAAAGUAUAACUGUCUCUAAAUGGCUUUCAUAUAUCAUUGAUAAAUUAUAAUUAAUAAUAAUUACGAAGAAAAGAAUUGAAAUAGUCUGCCCAAAUAGCUUCUGCCUAUUGUCCACAUGUUUGUAUGCUUUGUGACAAGGAAAUACAAACAGCUCCAAAACAAUUCUUACGUACUAAUAUUCCUUCUUUACGGAAUUCGCUAAUUUCCAAAUUCCUUGUUUUUAAAUAUAUUUUACCUAGCUUGAUUCGGCUUUUAUAUUCGAUUGAUUGUUUUUAACUUUUUUUGGCAUUGACAGAUUAGCGCUGAAUCAGCUGUCAAGGAGAAAGCCGCGGCAGCCGUGAAACCUGAUUGGUCAGAAUUUUCAAAAGUAACAUGGCGGCUAAAGUGGUCUCAUUGGUGCUCAAUUGUAUACCUUAGUGACGCCACAUCUGUUUGAAUGUGACCAAAUAGUCAUACACAAGAAAUUUUUUUUAAGUAUUGGAAACAUAAAAAAAAAUUUUUUCUCCAUAACGUUAUUCUCUGCUUCAAGUUUCUAAAAAAAUGUUUAUCUCAUUUCAGGCAACAUAUCCAUUGCUUCUGCAUUAUGUCGU